UGUUUUUCCAAAAAUGGCAGAUUAUUCUAUAUACCGAUGUAAUGCAAUAAAAGAGUUAUUAAUAGCUCGAGCUACUUCCUCUCCUCUGUAAGUAGACUAGUACCCAUAUAUGCACCACUCCCACGUAACAACCCCAUAACACAAACCAAUCUCUCACUCACUCAAGACGAAGACAGACACAAUAAAAUAAUGACGAAAUCUCCAGAAACAGAGCAUCCGAACAAAGCCUUUGGUUGGGCUGCCAGAGACAAAUCUGGCCUUCUCUCCCCUUUCAAUUUCUCCAGAAGAGACAAUGGUUGAAAAUGAUGUGACAGUAAAAAUCUUGUAUUGUGGAGUGUGCCACACUGAUUUACAUACCAUCAAAACUAGCAAGCAAGGUUAAGAAGAGAAUUCCACGUUUUUUUUCUUUUUUUUCUUGGAAAACUGAUCAAGAAAAACUUUGCAAGAACUUAGCCUGGAGUUUCUUGUUCACUCCCUACAUUUCUGUAAAAAUAACCUUCUAUUUUAUUUUUGGUGAACUUAAUCUAAUUAGUUAAAGGUUGAGUUAAAAACCACUAAGCCUUGAAGACCGCCCUUCAUACUAAAACUCUCUUGGUGCUUCUUCUCUGUCGUAUUGGUAUUGAUACGCUUAAGAUUGACGUCGAUAAGAGCUAUAUUCUCACAUGCCACGAGGGAGCUGCAUCUCAGAGUCACCCCGAACUCGGUGUUAUAAGUUCCUCUUAUGUUUUUGAACUCUAUGUUGCUCACUUUCACCAUCGAUGGCUGCAUUUUCAUUUUCCCAUAUGUUUGUCAAUAAUUAAUUAAAUCUUUUAAAAGAAA